UUAACCGUAAGAGAAGUAUAAAAGAUGAAAAGCACGGAGCUGCGGAUGGCAUUGAGAGGCUACUACUCCGUACAAAGGUGCAUAGAGUUAUUAUCAGAUGGAGUUACGGGGUAAACACAGAAGAUCAAUUGCUCUGUCAAUUGCUCUGUGGGUUAUGUCUCCUUCAUCUUCCCGAAGACCGGAAUGUAGCGAAAUUCGGAAGACAACAUGUCCUGUAAGAUCAAUACCAAUUCCGUCACCAUCUCGCCGAAACGGGUUGCUGGAGAGUUUCGGGAGACCGGCUGCGUUGGGGCUAACGUUACCAUACCGUACCCUCAUGCAGCCCAUUGCCUAGCUUUGUUGCCGGGAAUUACCGUACUGUGUGUGUACCGGUAGUAUCGUUACGGUCAGAUGGAAAAAACAUGGGCCACAGCCAAAGAGGAAGAGCUCCGACUCUUUUUUCCAC